AUGGAAUCGGAAGAGCCACUGCUUGAAGAAAGCAGGGAAUGUAAAAGGGUAUUGACUACAUGGGGGGAGUUUGCAAGAGAGCUGAAUCGGGUGAAUAACAUAGCAUUUCCGAUGAUAGUGGUGACGCUUUCUGAGUACAUGUUGCGCGUUGUAGCGUUGAUGAUGUUGGGACAUCUUGGGGAACUUGAACUAUCCAGCGCUUCAAUUGCUACGUCUUUCACAAAUGUUACUGGAUUCAGUGUCAUAUUUGGCAUGGCUUGUGCUUUGGAGACUCUAUGUGGGCAGGCAUACGGAGCAGAGCAAUAUCUCAGAGUUGGAACUUUUACUUAUGGUUCUAUAAUAUGUCUCUUACUGGUGUGUGUACCAAUAUCUGUAUUAUGGAUAUAUACAGACAAGCUAUUAAUAUUGAUUGGCCAAGACCCUUUAAUCUCAGUCGAAGCUGGCAAAUUCUCAAUGUGGCUCAUCCCUUCACUGUUCUCUUAUGCUAUUCUUCAGUCUCUAGUUCGCUAUUUGCAGACUCAGAGUUUGAUUCUUCCAAUGUUAUGGAGUUCACUAGCAUCUCUAUGCUUCCAUUUACCUCUUUGCUGGGCUCUAACAUUGAAGUUAAAGCUAGGAAAUGCUGGAGCAUCCCUUUCUAUUUGUUUAUCGUAUGUGUUGAAUGUGAUUUUGCUUGGUCUUUAUGUGAAGUAUUCUUCAACGUGUAAGAAAACCCAUGCUUCUUUCUCAAAGGAUGUUUUCUUGACUAUGAGGGAAUUCUUCCAAUAUGCAAUCCCUUCUGCUGUGAUGGUUUGUUUGGAGUGGUGGUCAUUUGAGGUAGUGAUACUGCUUGGUGGACUGUUGCCAAAUCCAGAGCUGGAGACAUCUGUGCUAUCCAUAUGCUUGACAAUUACUUCCUUGCACUAUCUGGUGCAAUAUUCUUUUGGUGCUGCUGCAAGUACUCGUGUAUCGAAUGAACUUGGAGCUGGGAAACCACAGGCAGCUCGAGUUGCUGUCAUUGCUGUGCUGGUUCUGUCGGUCUCAGAGUUCAUUAUAGCAAGCAUUGUUAUAUUCUUUUGCCGUUAUAUAUUGGGAUAUGCAUUUAGCAAUGAAAUGGAUGUCGUGGAUUACGUCAAAGACAUGACUCCUUUUUUUUGCCUCUCCAUCAUCAUGGAUAGCCUACAAGCAGUUCUUUCUGGAGUAGCUAGAGGUUGCGGGUGGCAGCAUAUCGGGGCUUAUGUCAAUCUUGGAUCAUAUUACAUUGUUGGAAUUCCUGUGGCGUUACUCCUAGGAUUUGUUUUUCACUUUAAAGGGGAGGGUCUUUGGAGUGGACUGGUAGCUGGUGCAGCAGUGCAAUCUCUCUUGCUUGCCCUUAUAACGUGUCUCACAAAUUGGGAAAAACAGGCAAUGGAAGCGAGGGGGAGAAUGUUUGACGGAAAAAUUCCAACUCAUAACGAACUCAUAUGA